AUGGUUGUCGUGGAGCUUGAUAACCUCAGGCUUUCGUCUGAUGUCAUUGAUAGCGGUUACACGUUGUGUCAGUUAUCAAGUCAGUCCUCAUAUUCUUUUGAGAAUGAUUUCCUGAAAGAGACGGAAAGGAAGUGUAUCAGUGAUGUUAAGAAUUGCAGUGAGAUUACUACUUGCAUUACUUAUGAAACCAUAAAAUCGAUUGAGAGCAAAUAUAAAUGGUGGUACAAGUCCUGUAAUAAAUGUCCAUAUUCUGUUUAUGAAGAUUUCGAGAAAUGGUACUGUAAAAACUGCCAAAAACAUUUUGAUGACUAUUAUCCAAAAUUUUGUGUGCAGUUGAGAGUUGUGGAUCACACUGAUUCUGCAUCUUUCAUUCUGUUUGAUAGAGACUGUGUUGCUUUGUUGGGCAUGAGUGCUGGUGAUGAUUUCGAGCACUAUCCUAAGGAACUUAAUGUUCUUAUUGAUAAAUUCAUGUUGUUUAAAGUGAAUGUGAAAAAAAAUAAUUUGGACUCAUACAGUGAGCCUAGGUAUCAGAUUUCUAAAGUAUGUAUAAGCGAACCUGUAAUCAAAUCCUUCCUUAAGACUGUUGUGGAUACGAAUGAUGAAGGAUUAUUUGACAAGGCUUGCGACAGUGUCGUUGCAUCAGCAGAACCGGAAAGAGCUACGGAUGUGGAAAGUCAGACGUGUGAUAGUGGAGACGUUGUUGAUAUUUCGCUAUCAAUGCUGACGUCGUUAAUGAAUCCUAAUGAUCCCCUUCAAGACGAUUUUAAUUCAUCAGUUGUCCGUCCUCCUAAGAAGAUUAAGCUAGAGAAAGAAUUUGAUGUUGUUCUGAAAGACGCGUAG